AUGGCUGCUGAACUACCGCCGCUAAUCACUCGUGCAGAAGAUUCGCUCGAGCAGCCCUUCUCAAGCCAAACCGCCAAUAUGAGCGACGACGAAAGACCGGCCAGGGAGGUCAAGAACCACCUCCUCUUCGAGAUCGCGACCGAGGUGGCUCAUAGAGUCGGUGGAAUCUACUCUGUCAUCAAGUCGAAAGCUCCCGUCACGACUGCCGAAUAUGGCGACCGAUACACCCUGAUCGGUCCUCUCAACCACCAAUCGGCUGCGGUCGAGGUCGAAGAGCUGGAGCCUUCCAACCAAGAGCUCGCCAAGAGCAUUGAGGCUAUGCGAAGCCGCGGCAUCGGUAUCCUCUACGGACGAUGGCUGAUCGAAGGUGCCCCCCGUGUCUUGCUGAUUGACACCAAGACUGCCUACAAGUACAUGGAUGAAUGGAAAACAGACUUGUGGAACUCUGCCAGUAUUCCUUCCCCACCAAAUGAUGACGAGACAAACGAGGCCAUUGUCUUUGGUUAUCUCGUUGCGUGGUUCCUUGGAGAGUUUGUCUGCCACGAGAAGACCAGGGCGGUCAUUGCUCACUUCCACGAAUGGCUCGCCGGUGUGGCUAUUCCUCUUUGCAAGAAGCGCAGGAUCGAUGUGACCACCAUCUUCACCACUCACGCAACUCUACUCGGCCGGUAUCUCUGUGCUGGAUCAGUCGACUUUUACAACAACCUGCAAUGGUUUGAUGUGGAUGCUGAAGCUGGAAAGCGUGGCAUUUACCACCGAUACUGCAUCGAGCGAGCCGCUGCUCACUCUUGCGACGUCUUCACAACUGUUUCCCACAUUACAGCAUUCGAAAGUGAGCACUUGCUCAAGCGGAAACCCGACGGAGUCUUGCCCAAUGGUCUCAAUGUCACAAAGUUCUCCGCCAUGCACGAAUUCCAGAACCUGCACCAGCAGUCGAAGGAAAAAAUUCACGACUUCGUGCGUGGACACUUCUACGGCCACUACGACUUUGUCCCAGAAGACACGCUCUACUUCUUCACCGCCGGUCGAUACGAAUUCAGGAAUAAGGGUGUAGACAUGUUCAUUGAGUCAUUGGCUCGUCUGAACCACAGACUGAAGUCGGCUGGUAGCAAGACGACCGUGGUCGCUUUUGUCAUUAUGCCUGCCCAGACAACUUCCCUUACGGUGGAAGCUCUCAAGGGCCAGGCCGUAAUCAAGUCUCUCCGCGAUACCGUCGAUGUCAUUGAACGUGGCAUUGGUCGCCGUGUCUUUGAGCGAUCUCUCAAGUGGCAUGAGGGCGACCCGCUCCCUGAUGAGAAGGAAUUGAUCACCAGCGCUGACCGUGUCUUGUUGAGACGACGUCUGUUUGCCAUGAAGCGACACGGUCUGCCACCGAUCGUGACGCACAACAUGAUCAAUGACCAGGAAGACCCGAUUCUCAACCAAAUCCGUCGUGUCCAGCUUUUCAAUCACCCAAGCGACCGCGUCAAGAUUGUCUUCCAUCCAGAGUUCCUGAAUUCGGCCAACCCAGUCUUGCCUCUGGAUUACGACGACUUUGUUCGAGGUACCCAUCUAGGUGUCUUUGCAUCCUACUACGAACCGUGGGGCUACACACCCGCCGAGUGUACCGUCAUGGGUGUUCCCAGCAUCACCACGAACCUUUCCGGCUUUGGUUGUUACAUGGAGGAGCUGAUUGAGAACUCGAGCGACUAUGGAAUUUACAUUGUCGACCGACGUAACAAGGGAGUGGAUGACUCUGUCAAUCAGCUCACGUCGCACAUGUUUGAUUUCUGCCAAAAGAGCCGUCGUCAACGUAUCAACCAAAGGAACAGAACAGAGCGACUUAGCGACCUGCUUGACUGGAAGAGGAUGGGCAUGGAAUACGUCAAGGCACGGCAACUCGCGCUGCGCCGGGCAUACCCUGGAUCAUUUGCCGGCGACGAGGAGGAGGAUUUCAUUCCAGGCGUCGAGCAGAAGAUUUCUCGACCCUUCUCUGUACCUGGCUCCCCUCGUGAUCGCAGCGGCAUGAUGACCCCAGGUGAUUUCGCUAGUCUGCAGGAGGGACACGAAAGCCUUAGCACCGAGGACUAUGUUGCUUGGAAGCUGCCUGAGGAAGAGGACCCAGACGAGUACCCCUUCCCCUUGACGCUUCGGACAAAGAAGCCUUCGACGUCGGGAGCUGCUAGCCCCUUGGACAGCAUCAGACUGAACGGCAACUAG